AUGAACUCGGGAGUGACUAUUCAGGCGUUUACAGUUCACGAUGUUCGUUUCCCAACCAAUGUGACGGGAGAUGGUACCGAUGCAAUGAAUACCGAAUGCGAAUAUUCAGCGGCCUAUAUAGAAUUCACCACCUCUUCUUCUCUUCGAGGACAAGGAAUGACCUUCACCAUUGGAAGGGGUAACGAAAUUGUCUGUUACGCUAUCGAACAGGUGGCAAAGCGAGUGGUGGGGAUGGACAUCGAGGGGAUAUUUGCCGAUAUGGGAACGUUUUGGAAUUUCUUGGUCAGUGAUCCUCAACAUCGAUGGCUAGGUCCGGAAAAGGGAGUGAUACAUCUCGCCACGGCUGCUAUUUCCAAUGCUAUAUGGGAUAUGUACGCCAAAGCGAGAGAAAAGCCGUUAUGGAAGUUGAUAUGUGAUUUUACCCCAGAAGAAUUCGUCAAAUCAGUCUCGUGGAGAUACAUCACCGAUGCUCUCACCCCUUCUGAAGCUCUGUCAAUGCUGAAGGAGAAAGAAUCGGGUAAGAAAGCUAGAGAACUUGAUGUACUCGAACGUGGUUAUCCGGCUUAUACUACCAGUGUCGGGUGGUUAGGAUACUCAGACGAAAAAGUAGAACGUCUCACGAAAGAAGCCCUAGCUCAAGGGUUCAACCACUUUAAGCUCAAAGUCGGGUCAGACAGGGAAGACGAUCUCCGACGUGGGAUGUUGUUGAGGAGUAUCAUUGAUGAUCCUGCUAAUAUCCCCUCUGGAAGGGCGCCAGUGGACCCGAAGACUAUAGAAGGAAAGAAUGCCGGACCGACGGGCUGUGUUUUGAUGGUUGAUGCUAAUCAAGUAUGGGACGUACCACAAGCUAUAGAUUAUAUGAGACAUCUUCAACCUCUCAAACCAUGGUUCAUCGAGGAACCCACAGCUCCAGAUGACGCAGUUGGACAUUCCGUCAUAAGAAAAGCUCUCCGACCAUUAGGAAUAGGAGUAGCUACCGGUGAACAUGCUCAUAAUCGGAUCAUGUUCAAACAACUCCUUCAAUUAAACGCUAUAGACGUUUGUCAAAUAGAUUCAUGUCGACUUGGAGGUGUAAACGAAGUUUUAGCUGUUUUAUUAUUAUCUUCUAAAUUUGAUAUACCUGUUUGUCCACAUGCAGGAGGAGUAGGUUUAUGUGAAUAUGUUAUUCACCUAAGUUUGAUAGAUUAUAUUUCCGUUUCUGGUAAAAUGGAUAGAAACGUACUUGAAUAUGUAGAUCAUUUACAUGAACAUUUCAAAUAUCCAGUAUCGAUAAAUUCAAAUGGUAGAUACAACGUACCUACCGAUCCUAAAGGUGGUUAUUCGAUAGAAAUGUUUCCCCAAUCUAUGAUGGAUUACACCUUUCCUCAUGGGACAUACUGGGCUCAAGCUUUGAAAGGAGAAUAA